AUGAUGCGGCCGAGGAGGAAGGACGGGUUGCUGCUUGGCACCGACAAAAAAUACCGGGACAUGAAGCAGCGCAACGGCCAGCACUCAUCCCUCAAGCUGCUACAUCGAUCGGACACGGAGGAUCAGGUUGAACGAGGCCGAGCUUCGAGAAAUCAAUGCACAGUGGCCGUACCAUUCCGAGGACUGACUGCCCAGGAUUAA